UGGUGACUUGACCAAAAUACCCUCGCAUAAAGUCCAUAUCGACUCUUAUAACCCCAACUUCCUUAGCUGCCUAGGUUUGCUCGCCCUAGCCGACUUUAUUUUUCUUUUAUUUUUCGUUUUCCUGAGAAUCGAACACUACAAAUACCGUACAAUUCCUGAUCUCUUCCCUCUCUCCCGCUGAAACAAAAGAUUGAAGGCUCUGAUCAUGGGUUUCAAGUCGGUUUACCGCUGUUUGCAGGAGGUUUUUCCUCAGAUUGAUGCUCGCAUUCUUAAGGCCGUUGCUAUUGAACGUUCAAAAGAUGCGGAUGCUGCUGUUGAUGACAUUUUGACUGAAGUUCUUCCUUACAUGACUAGACAGUCAGCUUUCCUUACCAAUUCUCCUAGAGUUGAAAUUAAGGAGAAUCAUUCCUUGUUGCUGUCCCAUCCUACAGCUGAGGUGUCAGAAGCUGGACCUUAUUCAGAACCUAGAUCUCCUAUUCGUGAAAUUGCAGAAGAUAUCACUCAUCUGAAGGAGGUAGAUGAUGCAGGGUCUUGUUCAGAGCAAAAAUGCACAAUUGUUGAAAAUGCUGAGAUUAGUGGCCGUGGAAAUGGUGCCACACAUGCUGACCUCGUACAUCGGGAUGAGGUGGUAGAUGUAGGGUUUGCCUUAGAACCAAGAUUCAUUGCUGGUGAAGAUGUGGAAGAUUGUCUUCGUACAGUGCCUUCUUCAGAAGGAACAUGCGCUGCUGUUGAAAAUGCUGAGAAUAGUGGUCGCAGAAAUGGCGCCGCACAUGCUGACCUCACACAUUCGGAUGAGGUGGUAGAUUCAGGGCUUGGCUCAGAACCAAGAUUGAAUGUUGGAGAAAAUGUGGAAGAUAUUGCUCAUACAAAUGGUGUUUUUCAGACUGACAACAUGUCAAGAAGAGUUGUUCAACAAAUGGGAAUGGGGCCUUCCAGUUCUUCUUCAGAACCGAAAUGCACUGCUGUUAAAACUGCUGAUUGUAGUGGUUUGACAAAUAGUGGGUCACAUUCUGACUUGAUACAUCUUGAUGAGGUUGUAAAGGCAAGGGGUUCUUCAAAACUGAGUUCCUCUAGUGGUGAAAAUUCCAGAAAUGGUGAUCGUUCAUAUACUGCUUUUCCUGUUGAUCUCACACGUCUAGAUGAGGCGGUGAAUGAAUCCAAGGUUUCACGUUCCCAUGUUUCAAAUGAUAUUGACGAUGAAUUAGGUAGAAACACUAUGGAUGAGGAACUGAUUUUACUGGGGAAGACUUGUGAAAUGAAAAGGGUGCUGGAGCUUGGUCAGGAUUCAACCUCUUCACGACAUGAAAAAGAUGGCUGGUUGAAUGACUCAGACCAUGAAGGGAAAGAUUUUGGCUAUUCCAUGGCUAAUGAUGUUGAUCAGUUUAGCCACGAAAGAAGCUGCAAGUUAGAUUCAUGUGCAGAAAACUCUACAGAAUGCAUUAUUCCAUCUGAAUUUCAUUUUGAUCCUCCUGUCGAUGAUAAUCAGGAAUUACAAGCAAGUGGUUCUUCGAAUCUUACUUCCAGGACAGAUUGUUCUGUCAGUGAAAUGGGCACCAUUGAGGAUGAUUUUACCAGGAACAGCGUAGUUACCCAAUCUGGUCAAAUAUGCAGAAUCGAUAUUCUUGAUGAAAUUAUUGAAGAUGCCAAGAACAAUAAGAAAAUUUUGUUUUCUGCUAUGGAGUCCGUCAUAAACAUGAUGAAGGAAGUGGAACUCCAGGAGAGAGCUGCAGAGCAGGCAAAAGAGGAAGUUGCUAACGGAGGGCUGGACAUUCUAACGAGGGUGGAGGAACUGAAACAAAUGCUGGGACACGCAAAAGAAACAAAUGACAUGCAUGCAGGAGAAGUGCAUGGAGAGAAGGCCAUUUUAGCAACGGAAAUGAAAGAGCUUCAAUCUCGACUUCUGUGCUUGUCAGAUGAAAGGGAUAAAUCACUAGCAACCCUUGAUGAGAUGCGCCAAACCCUGGAAGAAAGGCUAGCUGCGGCAGAAGAAAUGAAGAAAGCAGCUGAGCAAGAGAGGCUAGAAAAGGAAGAAUUGGCACGUAGUGCUCUUGCUGAGCAAGAAGCCAUCAUGGAGAAGGUGGUUCAGGAGUCAAAGUUAUUAGAAAAGGAGGCAGAGGAGAAUUCCAAGUUGCGGGAGUUUUUGGUGGACCGAGGUCGCGUUGUGGACAUGUUGCAAGGAGAAAUCUCUGUAAUAUGCCAGGACGUUGGUUUGCUGAAAGAAAAGUUUGACAUGCGUCUUCCUUUAAGCAUGUCUGUUUCCUCUAGCCAGACCAGUUGCAAAUUAGCUUCGUCAAGCUCAUCCGUGAAAAGUGUGACAUCUGUCUUGGUUCCUGGGGAAAGAGAAUCGCCUAAGAGCCCGGAAAAGGGUAGUCCGGUUUCGUCGACCAGUGACCAAAGCAGAGCCGAUGAUGAGUUCAAGGUGAAUUCUGAUGACAAAGAGCUUCUAGAAGACGGGUGGGAUAUCUUCGACAAAUAUGCAGAACUGGACGUUGGGGCGGGCAUAUCUCGAGAAUAAGAAGGAAAUCAUGAAGACACUGCUUUUUGUUUUACUUAAUAGGAGUCCGUAUAAAACAUUGCAGAUGAAUAAAAUUUUCCAUACUUUAUAAGUGCACGUCUUCCUCCUUGAGAGGUGAUGACCAUUUCUAGAUUUAGUUUGUAUAGUACGUAUUUUGAGACUAUAAAUGAAGCAUACGAGUA